UGGGAAUAGUGUUUUCCAACCGCUUAAUCCUCACCGACACCAGUCACGGUGAGUCAAGGCCGGUUCUGUUGUGCUAUUUGGGCGAAACCAAGUCUGACUUUUCAAGAUUCAGCCGUUGAUCGAUCGAUCGGACUUCUCAGCUACAUCGAUUGGGUGAUGAUGGCGAGUGGAAGUGGUGAUAAGAAUCAACUGAAACUGUAUUCGUACCAUAGGAGCUCUUGCUCCUACCGUGUCCGUACUGCCCUCAAUUUGAAAGGGUUGAAAUACGAGUAUAAAGCAGUUGACUUGUUGAAGGGAGAGCAAUUCAGUCCAGAGUUUACAGAGCUCAAUCCUAUUGGCUACGUGCCAGUGCUCGUGGAUGGGGAAAUCAUAGUUUCCGACUCUUUCGCCAUCAUAAUGUAUUUAGAAGAGAAAUAUCCUCAGCAUCCAUUGUUGCCUCAAGAUCUUCAGAAAAUAGGCAUCAAUUACCAGGCUGCCAAUAUUGUUUCCUCAAGCAUACAGCCUUUUCAAAAUUUAGCUACACUGAAAUACAUUGAGGAGAAAGUUGGUCCUGGUGAGGACCUUUCCUGGGCUAAGCAUCAUAUUACAAAAGGCUUUGCAGCACUUGAAAAGUUACUAAAGGGCCAUGCAGGAAGAUAUGCAACUGGAGAUGAAGUUUUCCUGGUUUGGCUUUCUGCUCCAUCUGUUUGCAUGCCAGUAUGGUUGCAUAUAGUGUAGGCUGUACUGUGUAUAGCCAUUAAGAUAAAAAUGCCUGUUUCUAUUUUUUUGUGCUGGUGGCUGGAGGGAUGGGCUUUGGGUUGCCAAUGGUACAUUCAAUUUGCUAGGUUCCUUACAUACAGCUCACAAUCAUAAACUCUUAUUGCACAGAGAAAGAGUAAGAAACAUGCAUUUCUCUAAGAUUUUCAAUUUACUUCCAAAAGUCCAAUAUUUGUUGGGGGCUUCUUUGCUAAUAAAGUUGUCAACCAUCCUGAAUUUGCUCUAUCUUCUAGAACCAAAAAGUGAUUUUGGUUUGCUGGUUUGUAAUAGUUAUACAACUCCAAGGCCUGGUUUGGUUACACAAACCAAACCAUCUCAUCUCAUCUCAUAUAAUCAUUACAACUUUCCCAAACUUUCAUACAAAAUAUAAUAAACAAUUCAACUUUUUUCAAAUCUUAAAACAAAAAUAAUAUU